AUGGCGUCCUCGAAAACUGAGACACCAGACACAAGCUACGUCAAGAUGGAUAAGGACGAAGACCCCACGCUUAUCGGACGCCAUUGCCAGCUCGAGUACUGCAACCAGCUCGACUUCCUACCCUUCUUCUGCCAGAGCUGCAAGAAGACCUUCUGCCUUGACCACCGGAUCGAAGACUCCCACAAAUGCGCCAACAAGGGCGCCUGGGCCGAGCGGCGGCGGCUGGCCCAGCUGGCAAAACCUUCCGCCGGUGAGGGCAGGCGCAUGCGCGACUAUGUUUCCGAGAAGCCGUGCGCCGCGACGAGCUGCAAGACGACGGUCGGCACGGCGCUGGUGCCGGGCGUGCACUGCCCGACCUGCAACCGCGACUACUGCCUCAAGCACCGGCUGAAGGAGGAGCACGACUGCGCGAACAAGGUGCCCAUCGGGGCGCGGCCGGGUCAGCAGCAGUACGACGUCGCCGAGCACACUAAGAACGCGUUCGCGAAGCUGCGGGCCUGGGGCUCGGCCAAGCGGGACCAGGCCAACCGCGCGCUGCCCAAGGCGAAGCCUUCGAGCACGUCGGCGCGGCUGGUCGCCACGAAUAACCUCAAGAAGACGGCCAAGGGCGACGCGAAGCUGCCGUCCGAGAAGCGGGUCUAUGUCUAUGUGGAGGCCGAGGCCGAGACGACGACGGCGAGGAAUUACAAGGGCGAGUUUUACUACUCGAAGGACUGGGUUAUAGGGAGGGUGCUGGACGCUGCGGCCAAGAGCCUGCAGGUUGAAAACGUCAACAAUCAGUCUUCGCAGGAAAGGGAUAAGCUGCGCGUGUUCCAUGUUGAGGGCGGAAGGGUGCUUGAGUUCAACGAGAAAGUUGGAACUGUCCUGGUCAGCGGUAAUACGAUAGUACUGCUCCGUGGCAUCGGACCACCGCCCGAUCUUAUCGAGUUGUAG